UUGCUAGUAACUGAAAAUGAAUAUACAAAAUGACACUUUGACAGACUUAGGAAUCCCAAACGAUGGCGUUUGAAGAGGAAGGCACUCUGUCUUAGUGUGAUUGGUUAAAUUUGAUUUUCAAUUAAUAGUGGUCCGAGUAUUUCUCGCAAACUGUAAGGGACGCAGAGGCAGAGAGACACCAACACCCAAAAGCAAGAACAAGAAGGGAAACACAAUGGCAACGAGAGAAAGGGAGAGAGAUCUUGAGCUCCUGAUUCGAGAGAGGGAGAGGGAUCUAGAGCUUCUUAUUCCGGUUUCGAACCCCGAAAAUGCACCUCCCAAAUCCUCCAACUCCUCGCCGGAAUCUCCAGCUACCUCCACAACAUCAACAUCAUCUCAUUCCCAUCAUACCUCCGGCCGCGAGGCAUUUUCAAAAGUCAUUCAGAGCUGGGCUUCCAAGAAGUUUAUGACAGGAUGUGUCAUUCUUCUUCCAAUAGCCAUUACAUUCUACGUGACGUGGAUUUUCAUUCGUUUUGUGGAUGGUUUCUUCUCCCCAAUUUAUAAUCAUCUAGGAAUCAAUGUUUUUGGUCUUGGAUUUGCCACCUCUCUCAUCUUCAUCUUCUUAAUUGGUGUUUUCAUGCAAUCAUGGUUGGGAACUUCAGUUCUAACCGUAUGGGAGUGGUUUAUUAAGAAAAUGCCGCUUAUAAGCUAUAUAUAUACUGCCUCAAAGCAAAUUAGUACAGCAAUAUCACCAGAUCAGACCUCUAAGGCGUUCAAGGAAGUGGCUAUCAUAAGGCAUCCAAGAAUCGGAGAAUAUGUAUUGGGAUUUAUUACAAAUACAGUUAUUCUUAAUCGAAGGAGUGUAGGAGAAGAACUCUGCUGUGUUUAUAUACCUACCAACCACCUUUAUCUUGGAGACAUUGUUCUGAUCAGUCCCAAAGAUGUUAUGAGGCCUAAUCUGUCAGUUCGAGAAGGAAUUGAAAUUGUUAUUUCCGGAGGUAUGUCAAUACCCCAAUUGUUAACUACAAUAGAACCACCAAACAUUCCACCAGAAAGAGUUCCCCACUUUGAAACCCCAAAAGAAUGAGGAUGUCAAUUCAUACAAUGCAGUUGUCAAACUCAAACAAAGUUUUGCAGACGAAGAAGGUUAAAGGCUCGAAAGCAGCUGGAUCCUCAGUACUACUGUAUAAUGAAGUGAAGAAAUUAACAAGAGCAGAUCAAUCCUGAAGAGAUGCCCCAUUAACCAAACUAUACACAGCCACAAACUGGUAGUACCUUUCAUGAUGUUUGUUUACAAGAGAAUUACCUCUUCAAGUUUUCACCAUUGAUUCCAAAUUGUAAAUGCAUGCAUGUUUGGUUAUAAGUUUUAUCUUAUCCUUAUGUCAUUCUGAUUUAACUUCCCCCACCUACAUGUAGUCACAAUUCCAAUAUCGAACUGGAUUGAUUUCAACUAUCUUUGGACUUUGGAUAUGGUAACUGCUAGGGAUUUCCUUCUUUUGUUUAUCAUGUACGUACAUCCACUGUUAAAUAGAAUUUUUCU